CUGCUCCAUGUGGAUGGUGACACAGCACAUCCCGGAGGGAAGCGUGGUGCCGGGAGCUGAAAGAUGCCAGUGUUCCCUGCCCGGCGGGGGUUGCUUUCACCGGGAGCACCGGCAGCGCCUCAGCCCCAUGUCUCACCCACAUAGCUCAGCCCUUGCAUCACGGCAGAGGCGUUGCUGGGCUCCGAGAUUCCUGAGGACAUCGAGGUUCCUGCAGCCAGGAAUCACGGUUCCAAGCAGCCUGGACACUGCUGUCGGCUCCAGGGCUUGGGCAACACCUGCCCAUGGACACCUCUGAGUGCUGCUGACACCGGGAGCAGACUGAUGCCGAGGUGCUGAUCCGGGCGCUGCCGAUCCCAAGCUGCCGGGAAGGAUCCAUGAGCCACGACCUCGGCUAUGGACAUCGUCCUGUCGGAUUUUGUGCGCUCAACGGGGGCAGAGCCAGGACUGGCCAGAGAUCUCCUGGAAGGCAAGAACUGGGACCUGAGCGCAGCCCUCAGUGACUUCGAGCAGCUGAGGCAAGUGCACGCAGGCAACCUGCCCCAUUCCUUCAACGAGGGCCGCCCCUCCAGACCCCCCGAGAAGGAGACACCACGUCCCGGGCGGCCGCCGCUGCAACGGCAGGAUGACAUCGUGCAAGAGAAGCGCCUGUCCCGAGGCAUCUCCCACGCCAGCUCCACCAUCGUGUCCCUGGCGCGCUCCCACGUCUCCAGCAACGGCAGCAGUGAACAUCUGCUGGAGAUGCCCAUCUGCACCUUCCAGCUGCCUGACCUCACCGUCUACACCGAGGACUUCCGCAGCUUCAUCGAGCGGGACCUCAUCGAGCAGUCCAUGCUGGUGGCCCUGGAGCAGGCUGGUCGCCUGAACUGGUGGGCAAACGUGGAUCCCAGCUGCCAAAGGCUGCUUCCCUUGGCCACCACGGGAGAUGGGAAUUGCCUGCUCCACGCUGCCUCCCUGGGGAUGUGGGGUUUCCAUGACAGAGACCUCAUGCUCCGCAAAUCCCUUUACACCUUGAUGGAUAAAGGCAUGGAAAGGGAAGCCCUGAAGCGGAGGUGGCGUUGGCAGCAAACACAGCAGAAUAAGGAGUCUGGCCUGGUUUACACUGAGGAGGAGUGGCAGAAGGAGUGGAAUGAGCUGAUCAAGCUGGCAUCCAGUGAGCCCCGUGUGCACUACGGCACCAACGGCAGCGGCUGCGGAGGUGUGGAGAGCUCGGAGGAGCCAGUGUAUGAGAGCCUGGAGGAGUUCCAUGUCUUCGUCCUUGCCCACGUCUUGAAGAGACCCAUUGUGGUGGUGGCAGACACGAUGCUGCGGGACUCGGGGGGAGAAGCGUUUGCCCCUAUUCCCUUUGGAGGGAUCUACCUUCCCCUGGAAGUCCCAGCCAACAAAUGCCAUCGUUCUCCAUUGGUACUGGCUUACGACCAAGCCCAUUUUUCUGCCCUGGUAUCCAUGGAGCAGAAGGAAACCACAAAGGAUCAAGCCGUGAUCCCACUGACAGACUCCGAGCACAAGCUGCUCCCUGUGCACUUUGCUGUGGAUCCCGGGAAGGAGUGGCAGUGGGGGAAGGAUGACAAUGACAAUGUCAAGCUGGCCAGCGUGACGCUCUCCCUGGAGGCAAAGCUGCACUUGCUGCACAGCUACAUGAAUGUGAAAUGGAUCACGCUGCCUUGUGACACGCAGGCACCUUUGGCACAGCCGGAAUCCCCCACGGCCUCCGCUGGUGACGAUGCUCGAUCGGCUGCCGAGUCGGGAGAGUCGGACAAGGAGUCUGUCUGCAGCAGCUCAGCCAGCAACGGGGGCAGCAGAGCCUGCAAGGACAAAGAGAAACCAAAGAAAGACCGGGAAAAGGAUAAGGAAAAGGAUAAGAAACGGGCGGACUCGGUUGCCAAUAAACUGGGCAGCUUUGGGAAGACUUUGGGGAGCAAGCUAAAAAAGAACAUGGGUGGCUUGAUGCACAGCAAAGCUCCCAAGGGUGGUGUGAGCAACGAGCAGGGAGAUACCUUGGAGAAGAAGAAAAAAGGUUCCUUGAAGGCAAGGAAAGGCAGCAAAGAGGAAUCUUCCCAAGGAGAUUUGUCAGCUCCUGUGGAGAAAACCUGCCCGCGUAAAGGAACCCCGGAAAAGCCAUCGGAUCCCUCCAAGUACAGCAACGACGUGAGGCUGAGCCUGAGCAUCCUGCGGGCUGCCAUGCAGGGAGAGCGCAAGUUCAUCUUUGCCGGCCACCUCAAGACCAGCAACCGGCACCAGUACCAGGAGGAGAUGAUCCAGAGGUACCUUCUGGAUGCUGAGGAGCGCUUUAUGGCCGAGCAGAAGCAGAAGGAGGCGGAGAAGAAGGCGCUGGGCAGCGCUGCCCCUGCCAAGAAGCUGGAGCAGGAGGUGAACACCCAUAAGGGUGAGGAAGUGAUGCUCAACCCCGCUUACCCCCAGCCUCCCCCUGCGUACACCAUCCAGACCCCGGAGGUGGCCAUAGGUGCUAAAAUAGCAGCUUUUCCCUCUGGUUAUUCGGGAGUUUUCACCUUUCCCAGACCUUCCAUGGUCAACAGCAUGGAAGGGUCACAUCCCCCCAGCUACCAAGACAGCAGGCGGCAGGUAGCAGGGGGGUCCUGCACCAACCUCCCUCCCUACGCCACCUUACCCAGGCACUGCACCCAGGCCCGGCCAAACCCCUACCAAACCAGCCCUUCCCACCUCGGGAGGUUCUCCCCCACGGACAUGGACAUCCAUCCCACCUUCCCACCGGAGUGCAAUGGCUCAGCCUGCCUCCCCCCGCACAGCAACGGCUACCGGGAAUACCUGGAGCAGGACGGCUCGCAGAGAGGAACCCUGGCAGACAGAGCUAAAAGCAGAGUCCUUUAUAACGUGCAGCAGACCAAAUGCAAGCAGCCGAACUGCAGUUUUUAUGGACAUCCAGAAACUGGGAAUUUCUGCUCCUGCUGUUACAAAGAGGAGCUGAAACGCAAGGAGCGGGAGGCUCUGGUGCACAGGUUCUGAGCGCUCUGCCCCAGCGCUGAUCUUGAGACCCAUAAAGAUGGGGAAUGCAAUAAUAGAUAUCUAUAUAUAUAUAUGAUGGUUUUUAACACACCCCCACCCUGCUCCUCUCCCUCUCUGUGGAAGGAGGGAGCAGGGAUUUGGCUGGUUGGGAUGAGAAGCGGCAUUUGGCUGGUGUGAUGGAAGUGAUGCAGGAGGGAGAGGGGGAGAGGAAAACCAUCCUCCCCUCCGGAAUUCCCUGCCAGGAGGAGGAGGAAGCUUUUCCAGAGGCUUCUCCUGGCGUCUGGGGAGGGAGCACAGGGUGGAAGUUGGGGGGGAAUCCUUCAAGAAACCAGACCAAAGCUUUGGGAGCACAGGGAGCAGAGCCCGGCCGGGCCCUUCCGCCGGCCUCGGAUGUCACUGCCCAGAACCCAGCGGCAACAGCCCCAGUUUGAACGUCACAAACCUUGGGAUUGUGACCUUGGAAUUCCAGCCGGUUUCAUUUGUGUUUCCUUUGGCUGGUACUGAGCAAAACGUGGUUGGAACCGGACAUUGUUGGGUUUGGUUCUUCAGUUGAACUCACCCGAGCCCGGCCCCGUUGGAUGUCUCUGAGCAUCCUUUCGAGCGGGCUCAGGGCUCUGCCCUUCCAAGGGGCUCAACUUUAGGUUUAAAACGUUACUUUUCAACUCUUUCUUGGGGUGGGGGGGGACAGAGGGGGGUGCUCACAGUGCUCGAGUGGUUUUGAGUUUCUUUUCCCUGCAGAAGUACUGUGCAAAGCCGUUGUGUCCGCGCUACGGCCGCCCCGGCUUAGGACUGAGACAAGAACCAAGGUCAGUGUCUCCAGCCAGCAAUAACCAUCGGUGUGGGGAAGUGGGAGAGGACAAGGAGCAUCCCGGAGCGCCGGGAGGUAAAUCCACAAGUGUCCAUGGACACAACCCCCCGCGAUAACUCUUUCUACUUGAGCUACUUCUGUACUACCUCUGUUCUGCUGAAUCGAAUUAACUCGGCUCCAUUUUGCUGAGCCACAAUAACUGACCUUAGGCUGAGGAAUAUUAAAGGAUAUUUUUGAUAAUAGGGCUAAAAAGAGUGAACCCUGAAGUCCAAGCAAACCUUUAACUCGCUCACACGCUCCAUGUGGUCCCCUCCAUCCCCUUGUCCCCCCCAUCCCAGCCCCGCUCCCGUCGCACAGGGUGGGUUUCAUUGAGCACUGCGAUGUUUGCACACAUCCUUGGGGUUAGGUUUGGAACUGCAGCUCCCGUCUCCAUCCUGGCUCAGCGUUUUCCCACUGGGAAUAAACCCUGCCCGAAACUGAUCUAAGCUUUACAACAUUCCCCCUUUUCUGUUUCUGGGGUUGUUUUGUCCGAAGGCAUCAAACUAUGCAAAUCCCUCCUAACCCACUGCCCAGCCUGGUGAUAAGGGCUUAGAGAGCCAGGCAGAGGAGGCGAAAGUGUACUUAGCACUGGGGAAUCACCCGAAGCCUUAUUCUCCCAAGUACCCCAAGGCUUGGCUCUAACCUACAUGAUUUACAGUUUAAUGUGUAUAAAGAACCCAAUGAAGGCCUUUUGUAGAGGAGGAUGCGGGAAUGUGGUCCUGAUGCAUUGGAUCAAGCCAUGGGAGCUGCUUGUCGACAGGUUCUAACUACCCUGGUGAGGGUUGAGCUGUGAUUGAAGCAGUUCUCUUUGGGUUUAUUCAAGCCCCAAGUGUCAAUGAGCCUUGCCCAGCCUGAUGCAGAAGGAAUAGGUAUUAAAUACUGAGGGCUCUGUGCCAGGUUUUGCCUGCAAACUGCAGGAAUUCCCAUGUAUUCCAUCACAGGGAUGAGGAUGUGGAGCACCGGUUAAGUGCUGCAGUUGCCCUGCAGCAAUCUCUUGCUUCACCCCAAAUAUUAAAGCAUAGAAACCCCCAAAUCUCACUGUAAAGGGGGGUCACUUGGUUUCUAGACCAGAGAUUCCUCUUGUUUUGGGUUGGAAUCCCUCUUUUUCUUGGCAAUCCCUAUCCUGAUGGAUGCUGGAGCCUGUGUGGUGGGGAUUUUUGGACCCACUUUUGAUGAUGGUCCUGGCCUCUGAUGGUAGCAAAGUGCUGCUGGUAAAGCAGUGGGGGUUUAGGGGAGCUUUGCUUUAACUUGUCCAUGUGAUAGAGUUGUGAGGAAUAUUGUCCUGAAGGGGGAAACCCAGGGAAUCCAGCAGCAGGAAUCCAUCCUAGGGGAAAACCAUCCCAAAUCCCAUGUUACCGGAGCUGCUGUUACUCUUCCUCCUCCUGAGGACGAGUUUUUGGGGGUGCUCUGUGUUCCUGUGGGUGAGGUUUGCCUGUACGGAGGUCUGAGGCCAGGAUACGGGUACAAAGCAUCCCCAUCCCAUGGGUUUUAUGGCAGUUAUUGGAAUUUGGGGCAGAAAACGACCCGAGUGAGGCUCAGGUGCCGGGGACAAACCUUUGCAGAGGGUUUUCCUAUGGAGAGCAGGGUUUUGGCUGUUGGCUUGAGCUGAACCCGUGGCACCUUCAGAACCACAAAGGAUUUUUUCAGGUCCUUUUUGUUUCCUUUCUGGUGAAACGUGGAAUUUUUUCUUCCUCUUUCUUUGUUUUUUGAAGGGAUUAUUAAAGACAAACUCUAUUUAUUGCCAGCAGAUAUUCCCCAUUCAGGAACACCCCUGUGGUGCAUUCAGCCCCAUCCCAAGGCCAGGUUGGACAGGGCUUGGAGCAACCUGCUCUAGGGGAAGGUGUCCUGGGUUGCAACUGGAGGAGCUUUAAGGUCCCUUCCAACCCAAACCAUUCCAUGAUUCCAAGCAUGGGACUGGGUGUUUCUGCUGGCACUAGUGUGGGAUUCAAUGGGGAGGGAGCAGCUCGUGCUCCAAAGCACCAAACCUGCCCCAAGGAGGGGUUUCUGCCAUGGGGGAGGCUGUGACCUGACUUUAAGUGCACUUAAUGGUGUGGUUGGAAGGAACCUUGAUGCCGUCAGGCCCUGGGUGUGGGGAAACCCCAUUGAAGAGCAUUGGAAUUGUGUGAAGGAGCGUUUGCCUUCACUGAUAGCCCUGGGGAAGGCUGAGGGGAUGCUCUGGUUCCCACUGACCCCGCACAAAGUGACCUGAAUUAACUCUGCAAUUGUUUUAUUCACCAAAACCCUCGUUUGGGUCAAUGAAAGCCUCGGUUGGUGAUUUCUGUCCUCUGUCCUCGUUGGGAGCAGCGGCCGGCGCGGCGCGGGCUGGACACUGCAUCCUUCCUUUGUGCUACCAUAGACUCACUGACAAUAAACCACGUUCAACUAACGCA